GACCCCCCGCGCGUUUUGGUUUGUCCCGUUCUUUCCGCUCACCAACAUACCCACAUGGAACCCGCAGAGUGCGCCGACAGGCUUGCGCGCCGAACGCCGCCGCGCUCGGCACCGACACAUGUUGCGCACGCGCCGCUCGAGUCUCUCAGCGGCGUGGUGGGCGGGACGCCCUCGCCGUGGCCCCCAUGGCUCGCCGACGCGAUGCGGGAUCCGGCAAAGGCCGCGAUCCUCUCCGGCGGGUGCGCGGUCGCCGUGACGUUCGCGGGCAUCGGGAUCUACCGCCGCUUCCUGCGGCGCAUCCCGAACGCGGACAGCGUGACGGCCGCGAUGAUCGACGAGAAGCGCAAGAUCGUGGGCAUCGUCACCCGUGUGGGGGACGGAGACGGGUUUAGGCUGUACCACACGCCGGGGCCGUUCUGGCGCUUCCCACUCAAGCUGCGGUCGGUGCCCACGACCGCGAAGGAACUGAAGAAUGAGACGCUGUCGAUCCGCAUCGCCGGCGUCGACGCGCCCGAGCUCGCGCACUUUGGUAACCCGGCCCAGCCGCACGCCAAAGAGAGCUUGCAGUGGCUCAUCGACACGGUCGAGGGCCGGCGGGUCAAGUGCCAGCUCCUGCGCAAGGACCAGUACGGGCGCAUCGUCGCUGUGCCGUGGAUCUCGCGCGCUGUGCUCCCGGACAAACCGCUCCCACUUAUGAUGCUGCGCGAGGGCAUGGCCGUCGUCUACACGCAAGGCGGGGCCGAGUUCGGCCCGUGGGGCCUCGAGAAGCUGCAGGCAGAGGAGGAUGACGCGAGGAAACACCGGCGCGGGCUGUGGGGCGGGCGCAGAGUUGAGAAGCCUGGUGAUUUCAAGCGCCGGGUGCGGGAGGGUGGCGAGGAGGAGGCUACCAUGAUCGACAUGGGCAAGAAGCGCUCCUGGUGGGAGAAGCUGGGGCGGUGGCUCGGCGGCAAGACGUAGCAUCUCCUUCAUAAUGGAUGUCGCGGAACAAACAGCAUGACUAGUAACGACCGCAUGUAUGCAUUGGGCGCAGUGUGC